AUGGGUCUGUUAGAGUGGGGGUUCUUGUUGCUCCUACUGGGAUUUAGCCAUGUGGUGAUUGAGGUGGGUGCCAUCCUGAUGCAAGCUUCAGGGCUGAGUUCUGUACAGCCUCAGAGGGCAAUUCAGCUGCCACCUAGGGGCCGUGGACAGAAAAUGGGUGAUAAUGGUAUGGGUCAAGGACAGAGAGCAGUAGGCAGAGGUGCUAAUCAGAUUGAGGCUAGGCAGCCUACAUUGGUUUAUGUUGCUCGACGCCGAGAGGACAGAGGCGCCCCUGAUGUGAUCACGGUACAAGGGACUGUGUUUCUGGAAAAUUUGAUGGAGCUACCAUUUGGAGAGUUCGACUUAAUUCUGGGUAUGGAUUGGUUGGUUGAGCACCAAGUUAGUCUUGACUAUCUGACUAACAAGGUUGUUCUGAGGACUGAGGAUGAUAAGGAGGGUGUGAGGCGUAUAUGGCUUACAUUAGUGUUUCAGUUUCUGGGACUCUUCUGCCAAGGAUAUCAGAACUAUGAGAGAUUUCUGGAUGUCUUUCCUAAGGAGUUACUGGGUUUACCUCUGAAUCGAGAAGUUGAGUUCGGUAUUGAGCUUCUACCAGGUACAGCUCCAGUGUCUAUUGCUCCAUAUCGUAUGGCACCGAAAGAGCUUACAAAGCUCAAGGCUUUACUUCAAGAGCUUCUAGAUCGUGGUUUCAUUCGUCCUAGUGUGUCUCUGUGGGGGGCACCGGUUCUAUUUGUAAAUAAAAAUGAUGGUACCAUGGGGGUGUGCAUUGACUACUGGCGGUUGAAUAAACUGACUGUGAAGAAUAAAUAUCCACUUUCGAGGAUCGAUGAUUUGUUUGAUCAAUUCUUAGGGGCUUUAGUGUUCUCGAAAAUAGAUAUUUAUUCUGGAUAUCAUCAGUUGAGAGUUAAGGAGGUGGAUAUUUAUAAGAAAACAUUUAGGACUCCUCCUUUGACUAAAAUUCUGCACAAGAGUGUUCCUUUUAUCUGGACUGAUGUGCAACAAUCGAGCUUUAAGAAGCUCAAGUCUAUUCUGACUCAGGCUCUUGUUUUGAUACAGCUUGAAUCUGGUAAGGAGUUUCUAGUGUACAGUGAUGCGUCGCACGUCGGUUUGGGAUGUGUACUAAUGCAAGAUGGUAAGGUUCAGAGUGGCAGUACAUCUGAUUUUGGGCUGAAUAAAGAUGGGGUUCUGUGUUUUUCAGGUCGGUGGCCGAGUUUGAAGCGUGAGGUGACGAAUUUUGUUGCUCCUUGCCUGACGUGCCAGCAAGUUAAGGCUGAGCACCGGUUGUCUUUGGGUUCUCUCCAACUUGUUAAGAUUCCCUUAUGGAAAUGGGAACGAACAGACUAUUCUCUACAAAAGUUAACGAAGCUCUAUAUCGCUGAAAUUGUAAGACUGCAUGGGGUUCCGGUUUCGAUAAUUUCUAAUAAGGAUCUCGCUUCAAUUCUCGAUUUUGAAAGAAACUGCAUGAGGACUGCGUUCUAUCCUCAGGCCGAUGGUUAA